AUGUUAACCGUUGCAUGCGUGGACCGUAAUUGCAAGUGGAUGUUACGUGCUUUGAGUGUGAAACAGACUUCUAUAUUCAUGAUCCGAAAAUUCAACCAUGUGCACACAUGUUCGGUAGAUAUCCGUCGUAACGCACAUCGACAUGCCACUACUUCUGUAAUUGCCGAGCACAUUUUGGGAAAAUUGGAUAAUCCAUACCGGUUGUACGAUCCUACCGAUAUUGCACGUGACGUAGAACGCGAGUUUGGAGAGCGUAACCCGGGGACAGUAACCCACAUCGAAGUUGAUUCCCAUAACAGGUUUCAUUACUUCUUCCUAGCUUUCGGUGCAAGCGUUCGUGGCUAUAUGCGCUACUUGAGGCCCGUUAUUUGUGUUGACGGUAGUCACUUGAAAGGUCUAUACAAAAGUACACUUUUGCUGGCAACCGGCCAAAAUGCCAACAAACAGAUAUAUCCCUUGGCAUGGGGGAUCGUUGAUGCUGAAACAAAUAGAUCGUGGAUAUGGUUUAUGUCCAACUUGAAAGAGCUUAUAGGCGACUCUGCUGAAUUGGUUUUUGUUUCCGACCUGAAGAAUAGCAUUUCCAAUGCCAUUGCUCACCUAUUUCCUCAGUCCCGUCAUGGGUACUGUAUAUGGCAUCUAGAAAAGAACUUAGUCCAGCGGUACAACAAUGCAAGUGUAAUAUUUCUAUUCAAACGAGCUGCACGAACUUCUCGGGUCGAAGAGUUUGAAAGACUUAUGGGACAGAUCCGUAGGGUAAGUGCAAGAGCGUAG